GUCUGGUUGGGUUGCAUAGAUAGUCGUCUGCGGCUGUCUACCAGCAGGUUGUAAGAGGUGUUGGUUUUGUUUACACAGAUUUAAUGUUCGCCGAACACGUGCUACGCGCGGAUAGUAUGUAUGCUACGCGAAGCGUCAGUUUUCAAGCCUGUACCUGAGGGGGAGGCUGGGAGGCGUUGUGCGCGCUCGUGUGUGUGCUUAAGAUCGUCGUAUCAUCGCCUUCAGCUCCGGCGUGCCUCUCGGGUGUCAAGAGAACGGAGUGAGUCUCUCGUUUCGUAGAUGACGAUCAUGAGCGUUCUUUCGGACGACGAAGACGCCGGCGGUGCUGUCGAGCUAUCUCCCGAAGAAGAACUACUGCAGGCUGCGAGAUCGGGCUCGUACACGGCUGUUGAGAACCUCCUCAACAAUGCUGCCGCGAAAAAAGUCGCCCCCAAUGUGGACUGCAAAGGCACGCAGAAGGCUAAUUUGGGCUGGACACCACUGCACUUGGCCUGCUACUUUGGACAUUUUGAUGUGGCUGAACUUCUGCUUGAGCAUGGAGCCUAUGUGGAUGUCAUCAACCGUGAAGGAGACACCCCCUUACACAAGGCUGCUUACACAGGCCGAGAGGGCCUGGUGAUGCUGCUUCUGAAGCACAACGCGGAUGUCUUCAUCAUAAAUUGUGAGGGGCAAUCUCCACGCCACGUGGCCAAGGAUGAAGACAUCAAACGCAUUUUGGCAGCUGCGGAGACUGCUGACGCAAAGAAAAAGGCCGACAAACUUUUUGCUGCUGCAAAAGAAGGGAACAUGCAAACCAUACAAUGUCUGCUUCGUGGGAGGCAUCCGCCGAGCAUCAACAGCGUCGAUGGCUUUGGCAACACUGCGUUGCACUGUGCAGCAUACAGUGACAACAAGGAAGUGGCUGUCUUCCUCCUGCAGUCUGGAAUUGACUCAACCCUGCGCAACCACAGAGAGCAGCUGGCAUCUGAUCUGGCGCGGACAGAUGAGAUGAGACAGAUACUUGAUGUGGAACCCAUCCGUCAGCUACGCAAGAAUGCCAGCAGGCAUGAAGGACCCUUACUCAGGAGGAAGAGGUUCCUAGGUCCUCGUCCUGUCUGGGCUGUUCUAGAUCGAGGCGUGCUUUCCUUCUUUCGUUCACGUGGUGAUGCUGCAUCUGGAAUGCGUCGAAAACGCUUCUACUAUCUGGAUGCUGCUCAAGUCGAGUGUGACCCUGUCGAUGAGGCAGCCUUUGUAGUACUGUUUCCUGAGGAUCCUCCUGAGAGGUUGGCAGUUCCUCCAGAUGAAAAUGACAAGGUGGACCGCAUGAAGUGGGUGGCCAAGCUCAAGGAACACAUUGAGUUCAGCCGGCACUACACACAUCAGGGCAUGCGAACCUCGGAUAGUGAGGAAGAUGAACCAAUGCCCCUGGGCUCCAUCGAAGAUGUUCUUUCGACGGCACAGGCCCAGCAGCAGCUUCUGGAGCGGGGCGUGGACAGGGCGGCCUCGCUGCACGCCAACCUGGUUCAGCUACUAGAUGCCCACCGCCUGGGCAUUGUUGGCCCCUGCCAGGAGCUAUUGUCCCAGUGGCACGAGCUGCUGCUGCUGUCCCGGUCCGUGGCCAGCAGCCUUUCCAAGUGCACAUUGCUCCUCAAGCAGCAGGAGGAGUCCAGAGCAGCUGAACUGGCACGAGAACGAGAGCGAUCACGGGUCCUGCAGGAAAGCCUCAGCGUCCUUGCAAGAGAGCACCACCAGUUGGAGUGCACUCUGAGCAAUCCACGCCUCACCCAUGUCCCGGAAAACGAAUCUGAAGAGGAAUUCUUUGAUGCCUUCGAAGGGGAGGCUUCUCCAAGCAGUGACCAUCAAGUUCCAGCAGAAGUAGAAGCCACAAAGGCAGACACUAUGCCGGAAGAACUGUGCUCAUCACUGCCCAAGGAGGAGGAUAGGGGAUUCUGGGGAAGAACGCAUCUUCCAGUGCCCAUGUUCUCAAAAAACGACUUCAGCUUAUGGAGCAUCCUGAAGCAAUGCAUAGGCAAGGAAUUGUCCAAGAUCACAAUGCCCGUUGUGUUCAACGAGCCAUUGAGCUUCCUACAGCGCAUUUCAGAGAACAUGGAGUACAGCCACCUGCUUGUUCAGGCCGAUGAAGCUACCGACCCCAUCGACAGAAUCGAGCUAGUGACUGCUUUCGCAGUGUCUGCACUUGCAUCGAACCUUGAACGAUUGAGCAAACCCUUCAACCCACUGCUUGGUGAGACAUACGAGCUGGUCAGAGAAGACGUGGGCUUCCGAAUGGUGUGCGAACAAGUGAGCCAUCACCCACCUGUGAGUGCAUUCCAUGCUGAGUCGUCCCACUUCAAGGUUCAUGGCUCUGUAUACCCAAAACUGAAGUUUUGGGGCAAGUCGAUCGAGAUCAAACCUGAGGGCCAUCUGUCUGUGGAGCUGCUCUCGCACGGCGAGUCAUACACAUGGACCAACGUAAACUGCUGUAUCCAUAACAUCAUUGUGGGAAAGCUGUGGUUUGAACAGUAUGGCCUUAUGGAGAUUGUCUGCCAAAAAUCUGGACUGACGUCGUCACUCACAUUCAAGCAAGCUGGCUGGUUCUACAAAGACUUGCACCGGAUAGAGGGAUUUAUUUUUGACAAGCAAAAAUCCCGUCUGCGCUUUCUGUAUGGAAAGUGGACAGACUACCUCAAGGCAGCACCCGUGGCCGAAUACGAGGAGUACAUGCAGACCCACAACUUCCGGGCCCCUGACCAGCCACCACUGGGCAAUGCCACGCCAGCAAGUGCAGGAGCAAGUCCUGCGCAUACACCCAAACGCAUGUACGCCAAGCUUAACAGCCUGACACGCUCCCUGACAGGAGGCUCACAGGGCGACAUGCCAGGACCCAAGAGCCCUGAACCCUGUGACCUUGAUGAUGGGGAGAUUCCCAAGAGUGACUCGACAUACUCACUUGACAUCCCAAACUCCCGUCUUCUUUGGCGAGUCACGCCACGACCUGAGUAUGCAGCACAGUAUUACAACUUCACGCUGUUUGCCAUUGCACUGAAUGAGAUGGAAGAAGGUAUGGAGAAGGAGCUGCCCCCAACUGACUGCCGACUGCGGCCAGACAUGCGACGGUUAGAGGCAGGAGAUCUGGAUGGUGCUGCAGCGGAGAAAAAUCGUUUGGAAGAAAAGCAGAGGGAAGCACGCAAACAUCGUAAAAAGCAUAAGGACAUCUGGGAACCAAGGUGGUUUCGCCAUUUGAAGGGAGCACACUCGCAUGAUGACGAGUGGGAGUUCACCGGCAAGUACUGGGACCGAAACUUCACCUCAUGCCCGGACAUCUUUUGAAGUUUGCCCGGCCCGAGCCUAGUGCACUGGGACUCCUUCAGCCAUGAGCCAGCAAAGUGUCCUCCCACACUCGCAAGCGACAAAACGACAUAGUCCUUCAUCUGGGGAAAACCUACCCACUGUUAAAUGUCCCAUCAACACGACACGGGAGGAGGGGGGGCAGCACUGGGACAGCAGCUUGAAACCUCGGCUGCAUGCCAUUGUAGGCUUCCACCCCUUCACAAAAUGGCUCUGCGAAAAUGUGGCAAAGCGCAGCGGGUUGAUGAUGGCGGCUGCACUUGUGUAGCCGGGUGCUCAUAGUUGUCGAGCCUGCCUGUCUGUUUUUUGUGGCACAGCAGCAACCCCCACCAAUGGCUGCUUUUGCAGAGAAAAAGUUGUGGCAUUUUCGUCUCUCCCUAGAGACGCAAUGGUGCAUGUCUGUUAUGUAGCUGUAGCACGAUGCAUGUGCUCUCCGAUGGCAUGCAAUAUUAGCUUGAGUCAGGAAUGUAGAUCUGUGCUGCUGUUGUCCCCAAGAGCCAGGUACGUCAUACUACAACUGUCUGAAGCUCUCUACACCGUGGUGGUUCUCUUGUUGCAAAAGUGCUGAACCGUGACGUGUUGUGCAUGUGUUGGCUAGUGUACAGGUUUUAAAGCAGGGCCAUGUUGUUCAUAGGGCUCGAGUCUGUUACUGUUACUUUUAGGAUAGGUCUUUAGCAUGCAUAAGUUCCUGGAUGUCCACUACGUGCUGCUUCUCCUCAAGUAAGCUGCAAUACAAUAUUUUCAGAUGUUGGGAGACUUAUACUAGCAGCUGCACGGUGUCAGUAGCUAGUCACUUUUUAUUUUGCAUCUCAGGUGGCCAUCGACAGUGGCGCCUGCGAUGCAAGCUGCAGAAGCAGCCUCAAAGCUGAAAUACAAAAUGUUUGUGCAUACUGUUUUAUAUGUUUUUCAAAUUAAAGAUGUGAGCCAGUU